GGAGUAUUUAGUUAGUUAAUAAAUUCAGACCUUCACUUCAUCCUUCUUUCCCUUCCAAUCAAUUUUCCAUGUUUCUCCACCUUCUGUUUCUUACGUAUCUAAUUAAUCAUACGUCUUUGAUGCACAUAAACGAAGAUAAGAUUAUUAUUCCGUGAAAUAGCUUAGGGUUUUGAUUCACACACUUCACAGGUGAUGUACCCUACGAAUUAUUCGAUUGUUUCGAAAGAUGACAGAUUUUUUCGUGAAUUGGUCAGAUGUAAUGAUGUUACAUUAGGUUUAUGGUUUACAGUUAGCUUUGGUAUUUCCCCUUAAAAAUUAUUAUCAUUUACUUAUCAGGAGUUACGCUUGAAAAAUCUCCAUCCUAGCAAUGGAGGAAUGUGGAUUCUUCUGUACUGAAGAUACUAGGCAGUCUUUUUCUAGGUUCAUGUAGCCGUGGUAGUGUUUCUAGUUUUUUUUUUACUCUCUAGGAUUUAGGAAAGGCCGUAUUAAGAAAUGGCCGAUGUUCAGCAACAACUUCAACAGAAGCCUGAGAACACAGCACAAGAUGCCCGUGCUGAGUUUGAGAGGGGGCUCGAGGAGUUGAUGCGUGGACAUUUGGACGAAUGCAUGUCAUUUGCAUCAUGCAGUUCAACAACUAGAAACACAGAGGAUGGUGACGAUGAUGGCGAGCAGCUCGUAAGGAGGAGGAGGAGGUCUGACUUGGAAGGAGAUGAUCUAGCUGAGUCAUCAGCAGCUAGGAGGCGUCACUCUAGGAUUCUAAGCAGGUGGGCUGCCAGGCAAGCCCAGGAGAUGAUUACUACAAUGGAAAGGAGGAAUCGUGAAUCGGAGUUGAUGGCACUUGCUGGCUUGCACACUGUUUCCAUGCUCGAUUCGUCGUUCUUGAGAGAAUCACAGUCUCCCACCUCAAGACGCCAGCGGCCUGAUGAUGAGAGAAUUAGCAGCCGAGCAUCAAGCAUACUACGGAUGUGGCGGGAAUUGGAGGAUGAGCAUGGGAUGGACCACUCCCAAGAUAGGCUCAGGGGACGAAGACUAACACCACAAAGAAGUGUAGAUUCUUCCAAUACAAUUGCCUCUAGUGUUAAUCAGGGCAGUGAGAGUGAGAGUGGGUAUGGAAAUUGGUCUCGUGAUUCUACUAGACAGCAUAACGUAGUUGGGGAGAAUGACAGUUCUAGCCGAGAACAAUCUCCUGAUCUCGGUGAAGUUGAGAGGGAGAGAGUGAGGCAAAUUGUUCGUGGGUGGAUGGAAAGUGGUAUAACUGACCCAUCAUCUAAUGUUUCCCAGAGGAGUGGUGGUGUUCAGAGAGGGGAAUGGCUUGGGGAGACUGAGCGUGAAAGGGUUAGGAUUGUGAGGGAAUGGGUGCAGAUGACUAGUCAACAAAGAGGAUUGCGCAGUAGGGAAGGACAAGUGAAUGGAGUUGGUCAAGCUGAUCAGGUUGUUCGUGAGGGGUAUGUUAUUGACCAAGAGGAAGGUCACUCCGAGCAUAUUCGAAGGGACAUGUUGAGACUGCGCGGAAGACAGGCUCUGGUUGAUUUGCUGGUGAGGAUUGAGAGUGAAAGGCAGAGGGAAUUACAAGGACUGCUGGACCGCCGUGCUGUUUCAGAUUUUGCCCACCGAAAUCGCAUUCAGUCAUUACUCAGAGGAAGGUUCCUGCGUAGUGAACGGCCUAUUGAGGAGGAGAGACAACCUUCACUUGCAGCAAGUGAACUCAUUCAGCUGAGGCAACGCCAUACUGUUUCUGGAGUAAGGUUAGAAAACAUAGUUCGUGGUCAAGUAAGCAGCCACUUUGACUCUUCAUCUCACCAUACCACCAACAGUAGUUCUAGGAAUCAACAUGCAAAUCUUCCAGAGGAAGUUCAAAAUGAAAAUAUUGAAGAACUACAGUUUAGAGACCAGGAAGGUAACACUCAUCAGUUGCAUGAACAUAGAGAAAGUUCUGAGCUUAGCACAUCCGGUCAAAGUACAAGUCAGCAGGUUUAUGAAACAGAGGGAGGUAAUCAAGGAGAUUCUAAUUCAUACGGGCCUAAUAAUGGGUGGACUAGUGGGGCUGCUGAAAACACAAGCAGAAACUGGGAGGUCGACUCGAUUACUGCUCGGCCCUUUGAAACAGCAGUGGAUGCAAUUAGAGAUGAACAAACAGUGCCUGAAAACAGAGAAGUUUGGCGUGAGGAUGACUCACGAGAAACAAUGGAGAAUUGGUCAGUGGGACCUUCUGAUCCUCCUAGAAUACGGCGCUCUGUUCCACUAAGGAGGUAUAAUAGAUUCCACCCCCCUGAGGAUGAUAACGUGUACAGUAUGGAACUCAGAGAGCUUCUUAGCAGAAGAAGUGUUUCGAAUCUUCUCCGAAGUGGAUUCCGGGAGAGUUUGGAUCAAUUAAUUCAGUCUUACGUAGAAAGGCAAAGCCAUGCACCUAUUGAUUGGGAUCUGCACAGAAACUUGCCUAUCCCACCUUCUUCAGAUAGAGACCAGGAUGAACAGAACGAAGAUGGGCACAAUGAUGUGGAUCAAAAUGACGGUAUAGUCAGGCCUUCGCUUGUACUAUCAUCUCCUCCUGUUCCUCCACCACAACCUCUCUGGCAUCAGGAUUUGCAUCACUCCGGCUGGUCUCGUCACAAUAUCCAUCGCUCUGAACUAGAGUGGGAGACGAUAAAUGACCUUAGAGCAGACAUGUCAAGAUUACAGCAAGGUAUGAACCACAUGCAGAGGAUGCUUGAAGCCUGCAUGGAUAUGCAACUCGAGUUGCAGCGCUCUGUCCGCCAGGAGGUUUCUGCAGCUCUGAAUCGUUCAGCUGGUAGCAGCCCAGGGGUUGCAGAGACGUCAGUGGAUGGGUCAAAAUGGGGACAUGUGAGAAAAGGUACCUGCUGUGUUUGUUGUGAUAACCAAAUCGAUUCCCUGCUCUACAGAUGUGGGCAUAUGUGCACUUGUUCAAAAUGUGCAAAUGAAUUGGUUAGGACGGCAGGGAAGUGUCCAUUGUGCCGGGCACCCAUUAUUGAGGUGAUCCGAGCUUACUCUAUACUCUAGACAGAGUGAUGACUAAAACAACACAAAAAAGUAUGUAUUGCAUGUAUAUGUAUUGCAAGUUUAAGAUAAGAAUAGUAAGGAGACAUGGAGUUGAGGGGGGUUAUCACUCGCUUUGCUCCUUAGGAUCACAAAUGUAGAGCAUUUACUUCGCCUGUAUUGUUUGUUCUGAUUAUUUGCAGAAUGCUUUGCAUUUGUAAAGUUGGAAAAACAAAACGGCUUCUUCUCUUCAUAUAAUUCGUUUAUAAAUAAAAGAUCAUUUUUUG